CAUUGAUUACUAACUACUAUAGAUCAAAAUGGCCAGUCCAAGGACACGUCGUGUUUUAAAGGAAAUCAAACCGAAAGAAGAUAAUAAUACUUGUUUUGAAUGUGGAGGACACAAUCCACAAUGGGUCAGUGUUACUUAUGGGAUUUGGAUAUGUCUUGAAUGUUCGGGGAAGCAUCGUAGCUUCGGAGUUCAUCUUAGCUUUGUCAGAUCAGUUACCAUGGAUAAGUGGAAAGACAUUGAACUGGAAAAGAUGAAGGUUGGUGGAAACAGAAAAGCAAAACUAUUUUUUAAAUCUCAAAGUGACUACAAUCCUGAUUGGACCAUUAAAGAAAAAUAUAAUUCACGAGCAGCAGCAUUGUAUAGAGAUAAGAUUGCUACCCUGGCAGCAGGAAAAUCCUGGUCUGAAGAAACCUCAUCAGCACGAAACUGGACUCCAAAAACAACUAACUGUUACUCCAAUCAAGACUCCAAUAGUUCAUCAGUAAAUGGAAGAAGCCUAUCUGCAGUAACAAGAGAUUCCGAUUCCAUGGAAUCAAUGUUUGGCUUAUCUAAAGCUGAAAUUGAUUCUCAGAAGAAUUCGUUUUUUGAAAAGAAAACACAAGAGAAUGCGUCUCGUCCAGAUGGCUUACCACCAAGUCAAGGAGGGCGAUAUACUGGCUUUGGCUCGACACCGGCGGAUUCCGUGAACAAGGAACAAUCAUCUGGUUGGGAGUCUGCGCUUUCUUCGUUUUCAUAUGGUUGGAAUAGUUUUGCUUCAACUGCAGCACAAUUAGCAAAGCAAGCGACGGAUGAGGCCGUGAAAAUUGGUGGUGCGGUUAAUGAAUCUGUUCUCAAACCAACUGCGAAUAAGGCAACAGAACUUGGAAACUCUGUCAAUAAAAAUCUCAAGAAAGUGUCCUAUAAGGUUCAAGAUGGGACACUUGUUGAAGAUUUAUCGACCUCUAUGUCUGGUUUGGCAAGCAAAGUAAAAACAGCCGGCACUCAAGGGUGGUUUAAUGUCCAAUCAUACUUCACUUCAAAUACUGCUUCCGCUGACAUUCCACAAAAGCCUAUUGAAUCAAAUGAAACUCGAUGCAGCAAAACGAGGUAGAUGAGUGGCAUUGGGAUCACGAAGAGACGACUAAUGCACUAGAUGACGAUUUGAAAGACAGCAAGGUUUUUAAAAGAAAUGAUGAUGGUUGGGAUGACGGGGAAUGGCUAGACGUUUCAAGUUGGAAUAACGAAGGAUGGUCCACUAGUGCCAAUACAUAUACAAAAUCAAACAGGACUUACAAGAAAGGAGACUAGUAUUUCGCCUUGUUUCAUUUUGCACUGCUUUUUAAUGGGAAAAAUUAGUAACCAUAAACAGUCGCGUAGCCAGCCCCUCAAAUUUGGUCUUGCUAUGUUAAUUUUUCUGUGUUCACUCCUGUAAAACAACAGAUUACCAAAGAAAGAAAUAAUGAUAAUGAUCUAAAAUUUACCUAGCAUGACCAAAAUUUGCUGGCUGGCUACGCCACUGACCAGAAAUGUUUUCAUACAACAUAAAAAAGGGUGUCUUAAAAAUGAUGUAUUUUUACACGGCGCCUUUUUGUUGUCUAUUAGAGCAUGAAAGCAUCGACCUGACCACUGGAGAUAUUGAAAUAUAAGAUCAAAGUUUUUUUAAUUUCAAUUAUAAUGAUAUAAGAGAGUAUAAACUAUGUUGUUUUUCUUUUAGUCCCACUGAAAAUGUAGGUCACGUUUUUUGUCACAAGGUCCUUGGUUAAGGUGCUUUUUUUACCAUCUUCAAUUGAUAAUUACACUAUACGCAGCAGUCUGUGUUUGAAGUCAAUUUUAACUUCCUUCGACAUUGACGCCUGUUUUCUAAAAGCUCACUUACACUCACACUCUUUGAGUGUGGCACAGAGAUCUCGCUCCCACUUGUGAAAGUCCAUUCAGCAUUCAGUAAAGUGAAAAUAUCUUCUUUGAAUAGUUGUAAGGCAAUUUUUAAGCCCUGUUUGGUGAAUGUGAGUAUGAAUGAUCUUUUAGAAUGCAGAAGCAAGACCUUAAAGUUCUCACUAACAUUUAUUCUACAUUUUAACAAAGUCCUAUAUAAUUAAAUGGCGCAGUUAACUUGAAGAUCAAAUUUUUCUGUCUUUCACUGUAUAAAUUAGCUCAUUCAUUUGCCUAAAAUAUUUUGUUUUGAAAUCUGAUGAGGUGGCACCUUUGAAAUCUCUUUAAUUUUGGCAAGGGAAAUUUAUGAAUAAAAUGUAAAUAUUGAAUAAAUGUAGAGUAAAAAUAAAUUAUGAAGAAUUUAAGGAGUGGUAACUGUAAAUGUUGCUAGAAUGUUUGCUAUGUUCUGUGGUUUUGAAAAUGAAUUAAAGUUUGUACAUGAAUUA